AUGUCGUCUUCAGGCGCGAGCUCGGGCUCGGGCUCGGGCUCGGGUUCCGGCUCGGGCUCAAGCUCGAGCACCUCGUACUCGUUCUCGACCUCGUCGUCUGCGUCGGGCGGGCCGGCACGCAAGAGGGCACGCAAAGGCCUUGGCGCCUCGUUUGAUGCCCACACCAAGGGUGUUGGCUCGUCAUUGCUUCGCAAAAUGGGAUGGCAGCCUGGAGAGGGCCUCGGCAAGGAUCGGCAGGGCAUCGCAGAGCCGAUCCGAGUCAAGCUCCGGCCCAAGGGCAAGGGCAUCGCGUUCGGCGGGUUCAAGGAGAAGGUCGAGUCGCCUCCGUCGGCAACCAAGUCUGCCGCAACAGCUGCCGUUCCCGCUCGCGCUACCAAGCGCUGGCGUGCGAGCAAGGUCUCGUCGCACCGGCCAAAGUACGCGACAGCGGAGGAGCUGGCCGCCAAGUACGCCGCCAGCGCCGAGGUCGAUCACGCUCCCGAGCCAUUGACCAUCAUCGACAUGACGGUUGAAGGCGGGCCACGCAAGGUGACCUCGCUCUCGGGCUCGGGGGUACAGAGAAAGUCUAGCGCGCCAGCGGCGGCGCUGCCGGAGCUGCAGUACAAUCUGCGGUCGCUGGCCGACUUUAUCGAUGCUGAUCUCCGCGGCGCGGCGGCCAAGGCCACCAAGGCUCGUACCCAGGUGGCUUCGCUGCAGGCAGCAGUGACGACGGCUGACGAAAAGGCCGAUGCUGCUGGGGUGGCGGCAGAGUCUGCAGCCAAAUUGGCGGCAGCGGGGGCAGACGUAGCGCACGACGACGACCCGGGGUCGGCAGCAGUGGCGCUCGGCUCGCUUCUCGUGUCAGAGCCAGAGACAUCAGCUCUGCUCGGACUCGCAGACCUAGCGCUACCGCUGGCCUGGCCGCAUCUUACUGCCGCUGUUGAGGCGUGGCGUCCGCUGAGGGCGCCGGCCCACGGGAUCGAGAUCUUUGCCAAGUGGAAGCCGCUCCUCUCCGCAGCACCCGGAGCCAUGGGUGCGCCGUCGGGCUACGCGCUUGCGGUGGAGGCACUUUGGCUCCCGCCGGUCAAGCGAGCGCUGGUGACGCAGUGGCAAGCGGGUGCGACCGAUAGUGCUGACGAUCCGGCGCUGGAGCUGUUUGAGGCAUGGCGCGACGAGCUCCCGCUCCACGUCCGGGCUCACCUCAUUGUCGAGUCGGUGGUACCCGGGCUCGGGCGGGCGCUGGACUCUGCAGGCGCGGGCCGCGAUCUUGGCUUUGCGCUUACCCACGUUGUCCUGCCAUGGCUUCCGCACCUUGGGGCAGCCGGGGCGGCGGCGCUUGCGCCUGUGGUCGGCCCGGCAUUUGGUCGGGCACUCGCGUCGUGGCAGGCCGAGUCGCCGGCCGACGCGCUGGACUGGCUCAUGCCGUGGGCACAGCUUCCGCUGGCACCACUGCGAGCGGUGGUCGAGCGUGCACUGGCCAAGCGAGUUGUGCCGACGCUCAAGACUUGGAUCGCAAGCUCGUUUGCGUCGCCGCUUGCCUUUGCCGAUCCGCCGGCCCACCCGCGGCUCCUUCACCCGCUCUUUGCCUGGCUCGACAUUCUGCCACAAGUUGUAGUCGCCGAGCUUGCGGCUGAGGCGCUGGCGUAUCUUGACCGUGCGCCGCCGUUGUCUCGUACAGCAUGGCUUGCCCUCGUUCCAGAGCGCAUACAGCAACUCCUGGCAUCACAGGAUCUCUCCGGCAAAGCGCGGGCUGGAGUCCGCCGCGGUGCAGGAGACGCUGCGGCAGGCCCGCCUGCGCGAGUCGAGCUCAGCUUCCGCGAGCUCGUGGAACGAUUCCUCCUCGACCACGAUGCGCGACUCGAGACGACAGGCAGAGUUGCGGCUUCGUUGGGCCUCCCUGUCUUUGCCGUUGUCCAGGACAACCGCGCCAAUGGCAUCGACGUCGUGCUCCACGGCGCCCGCGAGGAGAUCUUUAUUGGUGGCGAAGGCGAGUGGCGGGUUGCCACCCUUGGCGAGCUGCUGCGUUGAGCGAUGAGAAUAAAAGCUUAAAGUGUG